CAUUGAAAAAUUAAAUCAUUGUUGUGCCAUUAAUCGGCCGGGCCGUACGUUUAAUUAAUCAAAACUAAUGACAAAGUGAAAAUCGCGAAAAUGAAGUGUGUUUGCCUCCUCCUGGCUUCUGCGGCCCUGGUACAUGGUUAUGCGAUUAAGGACAAUGAGAUAGAAACCUCAAGGUUGCGGACCAGUGAUGAUCUUCUCAAUAGUGUUAUCAGUGAUUGUUUCGAAACAGAAUCCCCGAUGUCAUGUCUCAAAGUGAAGGUCUUGUCAUUCUUGGACACCAAACUCGGGGUAACUUCCGAGUCUGCCAGGGCUUUGGAUGAAAACAACAUUGACAAAGUGAUAUUCGACCGCGUUGGCAGGAUAUUAAACCACAAUGAGUUCAAAUUCCAACUGCCAGAGUUCAUUUUCCAAAACGCUGAAGUGUCUUACCGUGCUGACAGAGGAUUCGAUGUGGACUUCCCAGAAACUGAUUCUGAAAAUGGCGAAGCUCGAGGCAUUCUCAAGAAGAAACUUCUGCUGCCAGUUCUUCUUCUUCUCAAGCUGAAGAUGAAAGCGCUGAUGCCGAUUCUAGUCGCCAUCAUCGGCAUUAAGGCUGUGAAGGCUCUCAUUCUCAGCAAACUGGCUAUCACACUCGUUGUUGGAUUCCUUGUCUACAAUCUGAUCAUGAAGAAAGGAGCAAUGCCAAUGAUGAUGACACCAACAGAGGCACCCGCGGCACAGUACGGACCCCCUGCCUCUCAAUACGGCCCCCCAUCGACCCCAGCUGCCCCUCAAGACUCCUACAGUCCCCAAUGGGAACCAGCAAGCUCAGGACCGUACUCCAGAGUCUGGGACCCCACACAACUGGCAUACAGCUCAUACUAUCCUGGUGAUGCAAGCGCUUCAUCAUCAUCCAAUCAAUCACCAGGCUACUCCAGCGUAUCAUCCAUUUCAUCAUCAUCAUCUUCAUCGGCCUGAACAUGACUACCUCGUUGUAAAUAUACGCCCUACGAACGAAACGGAUAGUGUUUAAAAUAGUUUAUUUAUUGACAGUAUUUAUUACGUUAUUUAUUACUUACACAAAUAAAUAGACUGGUUUUUA